AUGACUAGACAUUCUGAGGACGAGUAUAGUCCUCUGACAAUCAGGUUCGGUCGAGGUAUAAGGGUCAUCUACCAUUGGCUGGACGAUGAAAAACUGUCACGAUCUACCACCUUGAAAUGGAUUAGUGAUCGAGUCGAUCGUCCACCUUCAGUCCUUGCGGAAGCAUCAAUCCUUUUUCUGCUUUCGGUAUUACUACUAAACCCCUCAAAUAUCUCUCCAACUCUGACUAAUGCACUCGGACUACUUCCAGCUACAUGUCAGAGCUUAAGUGAUCUUUUCGAAUCCGAGAUUGUCUCUUCGCAAAAAGGAUUAGGGAAGAAGAAAGAGAUUACGUUUCGAAAGGAGAUCAAUAGGAAAUGGCUUGAUUAUUGGAUUAUAUACGGUACUACACUCAUGGUUGAAAGUGUCCUUACUCAAGAGGUAUUAUUGACCAUGAUACCUAUUUGGUGGGCACUCAAGGCUCUCUGGAUUUAUUGGUUUCUGAUCAGAUUUUUGGAUGAGAAGAGAGAUAACAGUAAGCCGCAACCAUUGCGUCUUCGACCAAGAUCGAUAAUUGCAACAAAAGAUCAACCUUCUCCCGAUUCUACUCCUGAAUCACCCGAAGAUGAUCAAGAAACAGAAGACGAAUUCGAAGAAACAGAUGAAGACAGUCUUUCAGAUCAUACCCCAUUUCCAGUCGAGAGACACACUUCUCGAAACUUGUCAUCUCGUGAGCUAGCCCAAAUCAUGAAAGAAUCAAGUUCUCCGGGACUUUCGAUCACUCCGGUUGGAAAAGAUACAUAUGGUGUUACCCCGCUGCCUGAUUCUGCUGAAUCAUCAUCGUUCGAUGACAGUGAGGGAUCAAAUCGAUCUAAUCAGUUUUCGGACGAGUCCUCAGACGAUUUGGAGGAUGAUGCCUCUGCUCGAGGCAUGUCUCCCCAAAGCCAAAACGGCUCGACUAGAUCUUACGAUUCGUAUGACUCGGAUGACUCCAAUGACGUGAUUGCGAUAGACCCCGAUACACCCCUUGACGAAUUGGCUUUGAGGGGAAAGAAGACUAGGAUACUCGAUAGUCCCACUAGCAGUAUAUCAGAAGAGGAAGAACUGGAGAGUGAUCAGUCGAAUGUUGACUCACAUGUGAACGAGCGAGAAGAUGGGAGUAAGGCAACCAAGGAGAUCGAGGAGAUCGCGAAGAAGGAAGAAACGACCAAAAUUGCUAGAGAAGUGGAUCAAUCGAAAGAAGUCAAAGAUGUGGGACACGGAGAAGUAAAUGAGAUUCUUGCAGAAGCUCACUCAGAGAAACCAAAAGGAAAGCUGGACCUGGAUGCUCUCAAGAAAGAUCAAAACCCUGCCAAAAUGGUGGAAGAGAUUCGUCCCAUUCCAGGUGAAAGUGGCCCAGAGCCAGAGAUUCAUCAAGAAGAUACUUCAAAAGAGGAUAAAUCACUAGUUCAAGCCAGUAUAGAAAUCACUGAUUUGCCAGGAGAGGCGAAGCAAACGCAGAUGUCAACAAAGGACGAAAUGUCUAGAAGACCUCCCAAUGUUCACGAUGGAGAAGUUGUAAAACUUAGUCUAGAAGAUCUCUUAGCCUUGGAAGAAGAAGGAAAAGGUAAAGUGGGGCAAGGGCAGGGUGCGAAUGAAGAUGUCCAUGUAAAUAAGACUGCGCCACUUGAGGUAAGGAGAAAAAGUAAGGAUGAGCAAAAAUGA